AUGUAUAGCCGUCAAACAACACCCCCGACUGCUCCUUUCAACUACAUCCCGGGCAGUGUCGGCUCGGACGUCACAUACUACUCUCAAGCCUCAUCACCAGAACCUCAACUCGCUGGUCCUACCCCUCCACGGUCACCAGUUCGGCAAUAUGGACCUGUUCUCCUCCCCAAGGUCCGCAUGCAAGAUCAAGUUGCCGAGCCCACCAGUGGUCCCAUUAGACAUCGCAGGACGACGUCUACCUCAUCCAGCAUCGGCUAUGCCUACAGCCCUUACUCACGGCCAGCCUCGAUGGCUCGUCGUGAUUCCAGUCCUUUCAACCACAACAUCCACAAUGCCCACAGCACAAUGACAUCUCCCGUGUCAACAGCUUCCUCAUACGACUUCAACCUCUCUACUCUCAACUCUCCCAUCACAUUCGCACAACAGCCCGAGCUUGCACGUCGGUCUUCGUACGUCAGCUCGCACUCCCGCUCUACUUCAGCCAACCGAGCCCGCCAUGCUCGCGCUGGCUCUGCUGGAAGUGUUGAUGAGCAGGUUAUCAGCCGAUAUGGCUUCCCCACCUACCGCAACAUGCCCAGCUACGUCACUGCUUCAAGUGCGCCUCAGUCCAACCUGAGCCUCGUCACUUCCCUUCCAUCGUCUUACUCUUCGGUUCAAGACAUGCCCAGCUUUACCUCCACUUGCACUCAAGACUUUGUUGUCCCAGAGUUCGAGGCGGCGCCGGCUGUGCAGUACCCCUCUUUCACAGAUGUCAGUUUUGACAGCUUUCAGCAAGUCCCUGCUACAUCGUCUCUGGUCGAGUACCUCUCCUCUACCAACCCCUCCCCAUCUCUGGUUCGCCGUGUCACUAGCGCACCACGCGGCAUCAACAACCACUUCUGGUGGGACAUCCGCAACCUCCGCAGCUGGGAAGAUUUCAACAUUACCACUAUCAAGUCCAUCCCCUCGGUCCUUCCUCUUCUUGAGGUCCCAGUCCCAGCCAACUACCUUCCCCAGCCUUGCCGCCAGAACCUGCAACCAGAGAACGAGUCAGCGCUCCAAGACAUCUGCACAAACUACUACGCCAACAAGGUCAACGCUGCACUGAAGGUUGCUCAGGGAAACUCUCACAUGGUCAUGCGCGCCAUCAAACCCGUCGCCGGUCAACGCCAACAACCAGAGUUCGUCUCCAACUACCCCUCCGACUAUGAGAAGACUCUCUUCGGUGACAGCCGAGGUCGUGUCGUCGGUCUCGUCAAGUGCUACGACCAAUGGAACACUGGCAUGCGCAGCGAGUCACCUCCAAAGCAAGUUCUCUACCUCCAGGGCCUCGCUCACCUCCACCGCGUCAUGCGCGAGCACGGCUGCCGCUACGGCUUCAUCAUGACCGAGAUCGAACUUCUCUGCGUCCGCUGCGGUGGCCCAUCCUCCUUCUCCACCCCCGACCCUACAACCGUCAACGCACAAACCGGUGUGCCCAUUUAUGGUUACUUGGAGACCUCCGCUCCUAUUCGUCUCUCAACUUCCGGUUCGCACCCUGAGACUGGCGACAUUCAAUUGACCGCUGCCCUCGCUCUUUGGUACCUGCACAUGCUCGCCAAGGAGAACCCCUUUGAGGGUAUGGGCACCUGGCGCAUGGACGUCGGUGGCCCUGCCGCUUUGACCAGGCAAAACUUCUUGGACAAAGACACUUGGAUUCCUAAGCCGCAGCUUGGCGAGAAGAGGGAGGCGAAGAGGGUUAGGGGUUGGGUUUUCCCUGAUGAGCCAUUGAGUAAGAGGGAGUGUGGUAAGGGAAAGAGGGGAAAGUCUAUUGGUUAA